AUUUCAGGUCUGUCUGGGUUGUCUCAUUUCACCGCCUCUUUCUUUUCUCUUCAAUAUGAAAUGAAACUAUCCAUGUGAUCCUUAAGAUGAUUGUGUUGGAUUAUUAUGGACAUAACUGAUUACGAUGCUUUUCAUGGUUUUAGAUAGCAUUAUGUAUAACGAGUUCUUAAAAUGUGAAAUAUAAUUUUUGAAAAUUCAGAGCUCAAAGCUCAGUCCAGACGUGUCAACAUAAAGAGACGCUAUGCGUUUGCGCCAUGCUGUUGUGUCAUACCGCCCAUACACUUUAUUUUACUUUUUUGCGGUGUGCACCACCAGCCUCGAUUUAAGUCUUCAAACACUUAAAAAUGGCAGCGUUUUAGCUUAAUUUCUCUGUUUUUUAAGUAGAAAAACAAGUGUGUUCGAAGGUUUUUUAGUGCGUUAACCCUAAGUGUUGUCGAGUCUCUCAUGGAUAGCUUCAACAAUAUUUAGGUGGAUUAGUGAAUAUUUUUGUUUGUUGCAUUUUGAAGAAAAUUACUGGCUUUAUUUUCUCUCAAACGUGUGCGUCAUAGCCAGAUGCUAUGCAGAUCCGGAGAAAUAAGAUGCGCCAUUUUGGUUUCCCUAGUUCCUAUCUUAUGAAUAUAGUCUGGAAGCUAGUAGUGCUCUAAAUCAAGGUGGCAGUCACCAUGUCCUCAGGACAAGUAUCAUGAGACAUAAGUGUCGCUUUGAAUUACAGCACUUGAAGGGGCUGCUGUUAUUUCACAGGAUGGAUUUUGACUUCUCCUUUGCAGAUAGCUUGAUGUAAGGCUCAGUUCGGUUGUCAAUUCUGUCAGUCUGGAUUAAAGUGUGAUAAUAUAUUUUAGCUAGAUUGAAAGUUGUUCCUGGAUUUUUAUUUUAUUUUAAUGCCGAUCUUUUAUGUUAAGAAAUUAAAAUGUGACAUGUUCAGGCUCAGAUACAUCAUUUUUAGAUACAGCAUUUUUAGUGUAGAAUAAAAACUUACAAGCAGUUGUGUUUUUUUGAAACAAAAUUUAGUUAAAAAGAAACUACCAAAAAUUAAUUCAUUUAUAAAAUUAUUAGGUGGUUUCAUUAUAUCAAAGACAGUAUAUUUACAUUAACUUUCAUUGUUGAGACAACUUUUAUUGCAUUGCAUAAUUUAUAUUUGAACUUAGUUGAAUAUUUUGUUAACUUGCAUUAUUUAUUUGCUGAGUAUUUCAAGUAUUAAAAUAUUUAUCCAGUACAUUUAAAAUAUUUUUAAUGACUAACUAACCAACCUAAAUAUAUUUAUUAACAAGAGCAUGCUUGAAUUCCAGGUAUUUGUUUAAUUUAUAUAAAUUUUGAGACAUUUUUAAGAGCUUAAAUGUAAUGUUUAACAGCAAUUUAAAAUAAAUGCUCAUUCUGGUAACCUAUAAGUUAAAAUUUGCUCGACAUAAUAAAUUAGCAUCAGGUAUGCUAUAAAUUAGAAUAUGAUUUAAAAUACCAUUUCAAAAAAGAAAAAGGUAACAAUAAUCUCCACCAAUGAGGGUAGGCAACCAUUGUAAGGGUGUUGCACAAUUUUAAUGUUGCAAAAGGGUAAACAAUAAUUCACUGUCAUUUUAUUUGCAUCAUAUAAAGUUCAAGAUUUCCCAGUACAUUGCAGUGUCCAACUUCUAGCCUUACAUAUUAAAAUUAAGUUGAUAAUAUUCUUGUUUUAAUUCUUAUGUACAACUCAGCUAAGUAGUUGGAUAUCUACUUAAGAAUUUUUAAAGUUAACUCUUGGUUUUGCAUGGUGGCUUAAUGUCAUUGACAUGCCAUGCUUGGCAGGCACAUUGGUUGCCAUCCGUUGAUCUAAGUAUUUAUCUCAGUCCCUUAAAUCCACCCUGUUUUCCAUUUUAUUUAAAGUUUCUAUUAAUACAGUUUAUAUUUAUUCUUGAUGGUACUGACACAUUGCAGUAAAAUCUGUCCGGUCAUAGGAAUCUCAGUAAAGGAGAAAUAGAAUCCCGAAACUUAUGACAGUGAAUCCUAUCCUUGGCUCACAGAAUAAUAUUAUGUAGUGUUGUUUCGUGAUUUUAGAGAUCAUAUAAAAAGAUAUAUCUGUUCUUCUUUAAAUCUGCAAAAAAAUUGGUAUUUAAUAAAAUGUAAUUGCCAGUAUUCAACUGCAAAUAGGUUAAUGUGCUUAGUCUUUUUUUUUUUGUAAUUAACAUUAAAAGAUAAAAUUGUCACAAAAUUAUAACUAUGUUUAAUUUGGUUUAGUUCAAAUUAAUACAAAUUUUUUGGAAUAUAAAAAAGGGGUAUAAAUUAGUUUAAGAAAGUAAUAAAGCCCCUCUGUGGACAUGAAUUAAAUCAAUUAAUUGUCAGAAAUUGUUUAAAAGGAUAUAACAUUAAGGAUAUUUAUACACUUCAUUCUAAUCCUCAACUGAUGUAUUUAAGAUGCAUGAAUCCUUUUAAACAAUAUAAUAUCAAUUCAUUUUUUAAAAUGUUUAUUAAUUUUUUUUCUGGCAAAAUUAACCAAAAGUUUGAAAAUAAAUUAUAGACUAGUGCUAAAAAUGGGUUUAAACAUAUUUAAAAAAAAAAAAAAAUGAAAUAAAACAAANGGGGGGGGGUGGGGGGGGGGGGGGGGGGGGGGGGGGGGGGGGUGGAGGAGAGAAAUAGAGGGAGAAUUGAAUUUUAAAAUAAUGAAUUUUUAGUUAGUUGGCAGUCAUGGACAGACAGUGGUUACAAAUUGUUCCCACUCAUCUAAAUAAACAAGUAUUUAUACAUUAUCAUUUGUAAUAGUAUGCAUCGCCCUCAUAACUUUAUUCGACCUAAUGUAAAUUUGAAAAGGUGAUUCUCAGAGUGUGCAGGUACUAAAAUGCUGAUUAUAUAAUGGGAAGCACUGGGAUUAACAUAGGGGGCGCUGAUGAAUUUCAUGAAUACAUCAUUCCAACAAAAUUUUAUUUUUUUAAAACUAUCUCUAUCAUCUGCAUUAAAUUAUGUCAUCAGUUAGAGAUGUUUUUUUCCAGGCACUUGAAAAAAGACAAACCUGUUCUCUAACUUCCUAAGAUAACUUAAAGAUGGUAAAAAUAAUAAAAAGAAUAAUAAUAAUGGAGUAUGACUAAUUAGAAAAACUAUUUUAUUUUCUGACACAAGAAAUCAUUGUGGUUUGUUAUAUUCAUCAUCUGUGCUGAUGUAAACAUAGACUGUGAAAUUAAAAGCAAUGUAAGACCUGCAACCAAAGGAAAUUAAUUAAAAUUGCUCCAAAAACUUCUAGGUUAAUUACCUAAUAUUAAAAUAUGGAUGAUUUGACUAGGCGAGUGUAGGGAAUACAUAGUUUUUUCCUGAAGCAGUAACUAAUAUCGACUCCCUUUAUAUUUUGCUAAUAAAGAGCGCCCUACCCUUGGAAGAAACCUAUUUUUACUUUAAUUUUAAUUGCAGUUUGUAAGCUCUCUUUUCUGUCUAUUGUGGGUUUAAUACCCAUUUUUUGAAUUUUUGUUCAAUUUCUUUUCUCAACUUGUAAUAACAGUCCAUAUUUAAUAAAUAAGGCUUGGUUUGAACUGAGGAAGUCUUUAGAGUUUAUAUUUAACAUAUAAACCUGUCUGUACACAUAAUGAAAAUGAAACAUUUUCAAAGGCAGGUCACUUUUCAUUAUCAAAUUUUAACAUACUCCAUACUUAAUGAGGCAUUGUGAAUUGACAUACACCCAUGCCCUGGACAGGAAAAAACUAAGCUAAGUUCACUAAUUGGCUAUAAAUAAUAGCAAUAUUGUUAAUGAGGACUAUAAACAAGAAAAUAUUAAAUUCGAAUAUUUUGAGAUCAUUUAAAUUUGCCAUGUUGGAAUUAGUUAGUGGCCUCUUUUGAAAGAAACAGAAAAUAUAGAUGGGUGGAAAUCCAUUUUCAGAUUUUUCAUUUGGUGUAUGGUAGUGGAGAAAGAACUAACUAAUCUUUUUAAAAAAUGAUUUUUAUAGAUAGAACCACAAGCAAAUCAGCCUUACCAAGAGUUUUGGCUACAGAAGAAAUGUUCAUAUUUUAUCCUGCCUUUUGUAGAGUUUUCAAGAAGCUCCUUUUGCCAUUUUCAAUGUUGUUUCUGGACCAGAAAUUCUGGUGGAAAGUAGUUUUAGUAUGGUUUUUCAACUUCAUUUAAAUUUUUUAAAAAUGAACUCCAGAUUUCUGAACAUGUUGGUUUAAGAGCACUGCUUUGAGCGAGACAUUGGAAAAAAAAAAAAAGUAUUUUUAAAUAAUAUCUAAAAACUAAGUUACAUAAUAGUAUAUCCAUUUCAAUUCUAUAAUUUUACUAAAUUUAAUUUGGUAAAGUAAUGUCAAAUUAGAAUACUGUGCAUUUUUUGCUUUUAAAGUUGUCCAUUUAGAAAAAAUAAAAAGUUUACCACCAACUAAUGCAGUAUGUCAACUUGGCCUCUGAUAAUUGCUAUCUGGUUAUCUAAUUAUGACAUUUUCUUAAGUAGUGUGGAUAACAUACUCCUACAGUAUCCAAUUUUUUUUUCCCCACCUACUACUAUCUAUAUGCUAUUAUAUCCAUUGGAAAAUAAAUUUGAGCAAGAUUUAACUUUCAUCAGUUAGUUAAACACAAUAUAAGUCUGAAAAUGAAGUAUUUUACUGAAUUGGGACAGCAAUCAGCAAUUUAAAAUCAGUGGUACAGAGUUUAUCACACCUUAAAAAACUAAUAAACUAAUAACCAGUAGACUUAAUGCCGUUAAUAAUGAAUUAAAAAUUGUUGUAUAUCUUGUUAGCCCCCACAUUUUAUAGUCUAUUAGGGAGUGUUUCAAAUAGACCCAUAAAUGCAAAAUAAUAUUUUUUGUUUAUUGCUUCAUUUUCUAUUAUAUUAAAAAUAAUUAAGUUACUAAAGAUUAGUACUUAAAUGAAAUAAAAUAGUUUUAAGUUAAAAUUUAGAGAGAAUUUAUUUAAAGAUGCUAAAAACAAACCACAGAGCAUAUAAAUACAAUGGAACAAAAGCCUCCUUAGUGUCAUUCUAUUUAGCAAUGAUUCUAGUUUGGGAAAUGACAAAAGAAAAGAGGCUAUAAAUAAAAUAUUAAAUUGCGUAUCCGGAAAUUUUUUGAAAUAAAAUUUUGUCAACGGAAAUUUGGUUGAAUCUUUUUUUCAGUUGACACGUUAAAAUUUUGCAUCAAAUUUCUUUUUGAACGCAUUAUUUUUUUUUACUAUAAAAUAUAGUGCAUUCAAAAAGAAAUAUGACACAAAUUUUAACGUGUGAACUGGAAAAAAACAGAUGAAAUUUCUUUCAAAAACAUAUUCGGUAGCCAUUACAUUUGUUAUAAAUUUUAAAUUUCAGUUUGCUUAUAUAAUUAUAUAGAAGUGAAAAAUUAUCUUUCAUUUCCUUGAACCGUAACAAUUGGUUGCAAUAAUCUUUCAAAACUUGAAUUAUCUUUAUUGAUGUGUUAACUGAUUGAUAGUAAACAUAGUUUGUCAUAGCAUGGCAUCUAUUUAUAGCAAAGUAUUUUACUUCAUGGGAUCUUCAUUAUGAUCUUCAUAGAAAAACUCAUACUCUCUCAGCUCUCUGACUAUCUUCACUCUCGCAAUCUCUAUCCUUCCUCCCAGUCCGCCUACCGACUUGGUCAUAGCACAGAAACAGCACUGGUCCGAGUCAUGAGCGACCUCCUGCGCGCGAUGGACGAUGGCAAACUCUCUAUUCUCACUCUGUUAGAUCUCUCUGCUGCAUUUGAUACCAUUGACCACCAGAUUCUUCUUGACCGCCUUCAUCUUUCUUUCGGACUUACUGGCUCAGCUUUAAACUGGUUUCAAUCAUAUCUUUCUGACAGAACUCAAAAAGUCUCUAUUUCCAACCGCUCUUCCAAACCUUCAGCCCUGUCUAUUGGAGUUCCUCAAGGAUCGGUCCUUGGGCCGGUCCUUUUCAUCCUCUACACUAAACCUCUAUCAUCUCUCAUUAGCCACCACUCAGUUUCCAGUCAAUCCUUUGCUGAUGACACUCAAAUCAGUGACUCUUGCUUUCCUGAUCAACUUGAUGCCACAAUCCUUCGCAUACAGGAGUGCGUGGACGAUGUAAAGCGUUGGAUGACUUGCAACAAACUGAAGCUAAAUGAUGAUAAAACGGAAAUCCUUCUCAUCCACUCUCAAAACAAACCUCUCCCUCCAUUCGCUCCUUCUUCUAUAUCUAUUGGCAACUCUGACAUCACACUCUCUCCCUCUGCCAGAAACCUUGGAGUCACGCUUACGGACACCCUCUCCAUGGACAAACAUGUCACGAAUAUAUGCAGAUCAGCAUAUAACGAAAUUAGAAAAAUCAGAACCAUUAGACACCUCCUCUCCUUUGAUGCCACAAAAACUCUCGUCUCUUCACUCAUUCUUUCAAAAUUUGACUACUGUAACAUUCUUCUCUCAGGCAUUCCUCAACACCACAUAGAAAAACUUCAGAAGGCACAGAACUCAGCAUGCAGACUCAUUUUUAAAUUAAAGAAACAUGACCACAUUCAACCACACAUGCGGCAACUCCACUGGCUUCCAAUAUCCUCUCGCAUCAAAUACAAGUCUGCCAAUCUUUGCUUCAACUCGUUCACUGACCCUCACUUUCCUGUCUAUCUCUCUGAACUGUUGCUUCCUUACAUCCCCACAAGACAACUACGCUCUUCCAUUGACAAUAGAACCCUCUCAAUCCCAAGAACCAAAACUAAGACCAUCGGUGAACGCUCCUUCUACUUCCAUGGGCCCUCGUUCUGGAACCAGCUCCCCUUCCAUAUCCGUCAUUGUGAAACCUCGUCCACUUUUAAAAAGUCCCUUAAAACACAUCUGUUUAGGUCCGCCUAUGACAUGUGAUGCACCCUCCUUGCCCUGCCUCAUUUUCUGUCUCGGGUUGAUCCUGUAUUAUAGGCCAAAACGUGCCAAAGUGUCCUCGUUUUAUAGCCAUUUUAAUUGUUUCUAUAAUAUAGUAGUUACUAUCCUAGUGUCUCAUUUUUUAUUUUACUUAGUUUACAUGUUUUUAAUAAUUGUAAAGCGCUUAGAGCUUUAAGGUAAGCGCUAUAUAAAAAAUGCCUAAAUAAAUAAAUUAUGAACUUCUUACUAGGCAAUGAAAACUGCCUCUCUCUUAUACAUUGUCUUUUUUAAGUACAUGCAAAUGUGUGAGCUUUGAUGAAUGUCUUCAAGUUUACACAAGGUUUAAUUUAAAAUUGUUUUUUUUUUAAUCAUCUUCUUAUCUGAUACCGGUAGUCUUCAGUAAAUAAAUCUCUCUCCAUCCCAUUCGUGUGUAUAAUUUUUAGUGUUUUCUAUGAGAGGAGCAGUUCAUUUCUGCCUUAUACCCUUGAAAUAUUUUUUUUCUCAACAACCCGAAUUAUUAUACUGAAUUACAUGUUUAAUAUGAAAAAACUUCAGAAGAGCCCUGUUCUUCAAACGCUUUAAAAAAAAAAUGAUUUUGUUCCUUUACAUCGAAAUCUUGCCUGACACAAGUUUGGCUGACUGAUUUUUUUGGACACCAUUUUGUGUGGGUGUUAAAUACUCAAAAUUUGGGAAGGAGCAGAUGGGGUUAACAUACUGAGAUACCGCAACAAUUCAUCACCAAUAAAUGAAAACAAACACAAACUACUCUACUAAGUCCCAUCUUGUCCAGACUGAGAGUUAUAACGAUAUUUCAUCUGACUUCUUGAAACAAUCAGACACAUGUUGAUCGUGAGACUUGUUUUUUAAAUUUAAGUAUUGCUUUUGUUUAGUUUCUUUGGCAUUGAAAUAAAUAUGGUUACCUAAACUUGAAUGUCGUGAGUCCCUAAGUUAGUGGUCUCUUUUUUUUUUUUAUAACAAAAGACUAUUUUAACCAUAUAACUGUGAUAAAUCCGGGUAUAUCAGCUGAUAGACCCCUUUCUGUAGUGUCGUGGCUGAUAUAAUCAGACUCUAGCAAAAUCAUCAUUAAAAAUGUGUAUUGAUUUAAUGUAUAUUUUUAAAGGGAAAUCUCUCUACAUCAUUGAGUUUGCUUCCUAUUUCGGUUACUAUCAGUGUGUUUAUGUGCUUUUAGAAGGGAUAUUUUAUUAAUCGGGUGUGCAUUCCUGUUCAUUAUAUAUACUGUAGGUUUAUUUUUUACUAUAAAUAUAAGGUAUUGAAAGAUUUUGUGAUGAUAUUGUACGAUUUUAAGAGUUUGAGGGUAAACAGGUCUGGGUGUGAAAUUUUCUCAAAUUUUGUUACCGCCAUGUCUGAUGCCGUAGAGGGCUCCCUCGAGAUUUCAAAGUUAACAUACAAUUUCUUUAUUGGAAUUAUUCAAAAUAUAUUAAAAUGAAAGCAAAGAUUUCAGAGAUAUUCCACAUGCUAGUAAUUACAGUAUUAGCUUUGGCGGUGAUGUCAAGAGUCAGAUAUUGACAAUUUCAUCCCUCAGCUUAGUCGUAUUGUUAAAGACAAAUUUGUUUAGGAAAGGGUGAAAAGCAACAAAAAAAAAAAGACACAUAUUUGAUCCUAAAGAUCUACCCUAAAGAUAUUUAUGUUUGUGUAUGUUCUUGAGUAUUAAUUAAUAAAAAAAAUGGAUUUAAUUACUUAAAAUGAAAAGGAAUUUUUGAACUCAUUUUGUGCCUUCCCCCUUGUAUUUUGUAUGAUAUUAAUUUGAAGGUAGUGAAUGAAAAAAUUCACCAAUAUCACAAUGUUCCAUACAAGUAACUAUAAAUUGACAUUUUCUGAACAAAUAUUGCUUCCAGUAGGUAUCUCAAAUACUUGAUUUUAUGAUUUAUAGAGUGUUUAGGGUGCGUUGAAUUCAGAAGUUGAGUACUAAAUUAUUACUCACUCUAUAAAGGUCAAAGUCAGUAUCAACAUACAUAAUAAAAAAACAAAUUCUUUUCAUAUCAUAAGAUACCUUGUCCAAUGUACUUUCAGAAAAUGUAUCCUUGUGUCUCUUAAUACAUUUAGUCUGAGAUUUUUGACAAACAUAAGAAAUUGAAAAAAAUGGCUUGACGCCUUGGAAAAUUGGUCUUGACAGUUAUAGGGCUAAUUGUUUGAAUGGGAGUGUUUCUUUGUAUUAAAUCAGCUACUUAGAGUUUUUAAAAUAAAAGAAAAUUCCACGUUAAACAUGGAUACAAAAAGUUGUGUAAAUGAACAGAAAACUGAUGAAACACAGGAAAAAAAAGAUGAAAAUAUACACAGGAAUUUUAUGAGAGUGAUGAAUGUAUAAUUUGCUUUGAGCAACAUUCUAACAAAAUUAUUGUUUCUAGCAAACAUAUUCGCCAUCUAAAAUCAAAACAUUCAUUGAGUGCCAACAAGGAUAAAGAAUAUUUUCAAUGAAGUUAAAUGUAAAGAUCUUAAAUAAAGCCUAAAAUAAUUAGACAGUUUCUGAACGUUUCUAAAGAAGCUUUAGGGGCUAGUGAUCACGUUUCAAGAUUAAUAGCAGGAAAGAAAACAAAUGCUAUUGGUUAAGCACAUGUUAAAGCAGCAAGUAGGCCUAUAGAAAUCGUUCGAAUAAUGCUUUUGCCAAAUAAUGCUAAGGAAGGAAGAAAAAAUUCCCUAUCUGCUGAUACUCUCUAAAGACAUACCGAUAUGGACAAUCUGUCAAGUGAUAUUUUGGAAACACUUACUGAAAAAUUGAACUUGAUGCAACAUCUAACAUUGUUACAGCAACAAUUUGACCUAUACCCAGUAGAUAUGGAGCAAUACUUUUGGAUCCGUAACAAUUAAGCUUUAUUUCCCCAAAAUUCGACAGAAGAGCUCUCCCUCAAGGUUCAAGAGGAAGUUCUGGAAUUGAUAGUAGACAUGACACUCAAAAUAAAGUUCACUUAAGUUCCAUUUGAUGUUUUCUGGGUUUUAGUUAAAGUAAAGAAGAAUAUCCUAGAAUUUCUCACAAGGCUAUUGCUGUCCUCCUACAGUUUUUAACUACCGGUACUUAUAUAAUUGAACAACAUUUUUCCACUCUUGUUUUAAUUUAAAAAAUGAUAGAUAUUGAGCCAAAUAUAAAACAGUUAAUUCAGCAGAAUAGGCUAGGGACUUAUUUUAAAAAUAGAUAUUUUAUUCUCUGUAUGUGUUUAAAACAAAAUAAUUUUUCCUAUGUUUCUGUUGUAUUGAUUUUUGCACUUAAAUAGGGAAUGCUAUAUUAUGUUAUAUCACUUGGUUGGCUGUAACAGAUCUACGGGCUUAUGUUAUUUGAAGUCUAUAAAAAAAAAAUGUAGAAUGUUGGUUUGUGAAUAUAACAAUAAAUAAUUUUUUCAUGUUUUAAAAUUUGAUUAACCAUGGAAAUCUGGUAAGGGUGUGGGGGUUCCUUGAGUGAAAAAAGGUUGCUGAGCACUGGCUUAGAGUAAUCUAUGGAUACAAUUAUUCAAAUGGUUUCCUGAAAAUUUACCCCAGAAUUCCUCAGUGUAUGGUUAAAUUGAGUGAUCUGUUAUACAGGACCAUGUUCAACCUACCAGAGUGUGUCAAGUAACAAAUGUCAAUUUUUAAGAUAUUCUAGAUCGUGGCUAAUCCUCUUCCCUCAACUCCAUAAACGUCACAAAAACACAUCACAGUAUCAAUUACCAUCAAAUUUAACUAACAAGGCUCAUUUCAUAAACAAUUUUAUCUGAUAACCGGUAGUAAAUAUUUUCUCCCUGCAUUGUAAUUUAUUUGUGUGCCCGAAAUUCUGAAUAUCAGUGAAGUUCAAUCAAUAAAUUGGCAAAUUCAAACUUGGACAUUCUUAGGGAUGUAAUACACCAAUGAUUUCUUAGAUAGUUUUUUUAAUUCAAAUUUAAAUCAUAGUGAAGUAUAAUCAUAUCACUUAAAGAUAAAAUAAAUUGCAGGAAAUCUUGCCUUAAGGAUUCAACAAGUUUAUAUAAUCUUGUCAAAGAAAUGCUGUUAAUAUUAUUUUUUUAAACUAUGAGUAUUUAUUGUCAAAAUGUUUUUAAUUUGACUAAAAAUGUUUUACUAUUUUUUUUUGUGCUUACACAUUUGAAUAACGUCUUUAAAAUAAGUGGAUUUGAAUAGAUCAAAAUGCAGUAAUUUACAAAAAUAUAAUUGUUAAAGUUUUCUUACUCAGUGGUGACUUGAUACAAUCAGGUUAUCAGUGUCCAGAAAAUGUGCAAGUAAUAAAUUUCACAUAACUGCUAAUGCUGAUAAAACUACAGUUCACUCUAUUUCACAGCACAUGUGAUCUAUCACAUCUUCUACCCAACCACUCACUUUUUAAUUAAAGUUUGACUGCUAUGUAUUGUAAUUGUAUUAAAUUUAGUAUUUAAAAAAAACUUUACAGUCCCAGUAUCUUGAAUAUCCCCUUUAAGUUGGAAUUAAAAAUUAUUUUAAAAUGUCAUGACAUGCAAUAUAUAGACCAAUGGGUAUGUAGAUAAAAGAUUAAUAAAACUUGGAUGAGAACAUGACAGUUAUUCACUCAGCCAAGUCCACAGAAGAUGGCAAAUGUAGCAUUUGAAGGGAUCUACCUCUGUCAGUGUUGUAAUAUUGUAGCUUGUUUUAUUAAGAUACCAAUGCAUUAAUGUUAGUUAGCAAAGUUUUAUUCAUUUUUACAAGUUACUUAAUAAAAAUUUUGUUGAUUUGGUAUUAUAUUCAGCGCACAAAUUAAGAUAAUUUUAGCAUUAAAUGGAAUGAUUUCCUCUAAAGAUUUUGUUUAAUUUUAGAGAAAAUUGACAAAUCAACAUAUUUUAAAACUCUCAAUGAUGAAAUAUUUUGGCCAACAACUCUUGAGCAGUCAUUCUUAGGGUGCACGUCAUGUUUGAUCAAUUUGAUCAUCCAUCCAAAGCACAAAUCAGAGCUAAUAUCAGGUUUCCCUUGAUUUAGGAUUUAUCAUGAUACUAGUUCAUUGUCUGUUGAUAUACAAAAUAAUACCAACAGCUUUUGUAUCUUGUAGUCUGAAAACCAACCUGAUGACCUUUAUCUUGUACAGUUUGUUCACUUACCCCCGUUUAUCUCCAUUCUUGUAUUUGUAUAUUUUGUUACAAUGUGUCUAAUUACUUUUUGAACCAUAUGGCUUACAUUGCAUAGUGUUUUUGUUGACUUGUUAUAGGAGGUGGGGAGAAGCAUAUUCUACAUGAUCCAGAGUUUGACUCAUGCCAUUUGAACUGAAUAAAGGUACAAGUUAUCCAGCUUUGUUUCUGUCAAUUUAGAGACCUUAAGAAAAAUAUUACUUUUUUUACAGAGAGCCGUCCGAUUGCAAAUCACCAAAAGUAGAGGCCCGGAUGGUUUCUCCAAGCUCCUGCAUGCAAGUCCUCCCUUUGGGAGGCUCAGGGGAGGUUGGUGCGGCACACCUCCAGGCAGCCACCUCUACCACACCAGAGUCAGGAUCUGGUCCCCUUCCUCAUAACUUCCUUAUGGAAGUGCAUGGUGGAAUGGGGACAAGUCCUCCCUCACAUAUGAAACAAGAAAUAGGAGGGGCAGGUGAGUUGCCAUUCAUGUUAAGGUUAUUUUCAAAGGUAAUAUUAUGAGCUAGGGAACAAGAUAUGUACAAAUAUAGUUGUUUUGUAAAUAUUCAGAGACAGACUAAAAUAAUGAUUUAUAUUUCAAGUUAAGGAAAUCAAUUAUUAGCUUUAUUUCCAUUUAAAUGGAUUGCAAAUAUUUAGUUUUCAAUACUUCGGUCGCUCAAUUUUUUCAUUUGAAUGUGCUUGAAAAUAAUGGCCAAUUCUGUGGUCAUAUGUUAAGAUUUACUGUAUAAAGUUUAAUUUAGAAAUGGAUUGGUUGUAUUGUGUUGAAUUACAACAUGGAGUUAAGUUUUAGAUUAGGAUAAAAAAUUUCAGCACAUAUCAUGGUCUAAGGACAACUUAAUAUACUGGGAAAAGAAACAAACCACUUUGUAUGGACCUCGGAAACACAGUAAAAUCAAUUUAAUUGUGAAUGGAGCAAUGGUCUUCUUGAAUUAUGUCUAACUGUUUGGAAGGCUUGUGAGUGCUAUAUUCCAAAGCAUUUACUAAUGCACUGAUUCAUUUUUUAGCCUAGAUGCACAAUCACAAAACAAUAUGUUUGUGGUUUAAUUUUUUUUAAAUGUAUCUUUUGCUCCAUAGAAAUUUCCUAUCGAAGAACAAAGUUGCAAUCUUUUUCUAUUACUAUUGUAAAUAGAGGCAACAUCUGGUAUACCUGCAGUGAGGUAUACACAGUGCCACUGCCAAACUGUAAAUAUUGAAAACUUUUUUUUACAUUUUGACACAAUUAUAUUUAAUUGUGUCAUGAAGUUAACCCUAUUACAUUCCGUGAUUUUAAAAUAUACAUAACAAUAUACCAUUGUCUCAGUUCCUGGCAGCAGCAUCCAAGCUAAAUUGUGCCAGGUUUGCAAUGACAAUGCUUCAGGCUUUCACUAUGGUGUGUGGUCUUGUGAAGGAUGUAAAGCUUUCUUCAAGAGGAGUAUACAAGGUAUAAAAAAGAAAAUGACAACAAGUUAAUGUACUAACGUCAAAUAUUUAACAUUGCACUGUAAAAUUCUAGUUCUAUUUUAAAUAAUAAAUUAUUGGAAAGGUCUUGUAACUAACAUUUUACUUCUUAACGACCGUAUUUAUUGGCGUAUAACACGCCCCUGUGUAUAACACACACCUCAAUUUAAGAAGGAAAUUUCAGGAAAAAAAAACUAAACAUUAUAUUGGCGUAUCACAUCAUUUGCCCCCUAUUUUGAGGUCGAAAAAGUGUGUGUUAUACGCCAGUAAAUACUGUACUUGUGUGCAAAAUAGCAGUGUUUUCAUUGCCUUUUUUUUUUGUGUGCGUUAAUUUGCUCAAUCUGUACAGACAUGAACUAUUUAAAAAUGCAAAGCUCUGGAGGGUUGCAAAGCUCUGGAGGGUUGCAAAGCUCUGGAGGGUUGCAAAGCUCUCGAGGGUUUUCCUGAUUAGAAGUAUUGAACAUUGUUUGGAUUGAACAUAAAACUAGAAAAGAGCCUAGGUGGGCAAACUGAUCUCACUGAAGGCCACGUAGACAUCAGAAAGGUCUUUUAGACCACAGGUAGAUCUGAACUAAACUAUGAACUUCAGUACCAGGCCAUCAUCUCUUCUUAGCUACCCCCCCCCCCCCCCACCCACCCCAUAUUAACACAAGCUUAUUUUUGUACACAUUUAUGACAUUGCUUAUUUGUUCACCAGCUCAAAGCAUGCAUUGUUCAUGGAUUAAUUGUUUCAGUUUUCUCUGAUAACUGCACACAUUUUAAACCUGUCUGCAUUCCUCACUAAUUGAUGUAAAUAAUGUUUUUCCCAAUUUCUUGACACUGAUUGUUUGUGUAUUUUAAUUUACAAUCAUAAGGAAUAGCCAAAUUCUUGGCCUCAGCUAUUGAUAACAUCAUAUUGCAUACAUUUCAAGACAUCUGUCAAAACAUCAUUUUAAACAUGGUACAAGAAAUCACCUAAUAGGGCCAUAUUUCUGUCUUUUUUCAGGACCUGUUGAUUAUAUAUGUCCAGCCACCAAUACAUGUACUAUAGAUAAACAUAGGCGUAAAAGCUGCCAAGCUUGUAGAUUACGGCGGUGCUAUGAAGUUGGCAUGAAUAAAGGUAAGCACAAAUAGUUCUAAUGUUUUUGUUGGGGGGGGGGUUAUUCAUAUAUUAUAUACAAACAGGAAGGGUGGCGUGUUCAAUAAGAAUUGUUCCAAUGAUCAAGACAAUGAACUGUUAAUCACACCCAUUUUUCCAAUGAUCAAGACAGUGGACUGUUGUUCACACCCAUUUUUCCAAUGAUCAAGGCAGUUGACUGUUGUUCACACCCAUUGUUCCAAUGAUCAAGACAGUGGACUGUUAAUCACACCCAUUUUUCCAAUGAUCAAGACAGUGGACUGUUGUUCACACCCAUUUUUCCAAUGAUCAAGACAGUGGACUGUUGUUCACACCCAUUUUUCCAAAGAUCAAGACAGUGGACUGUUGUUCACACCCGUUGUUCCAAUGAUCAAGACAGUGGACUGUUGUUCACACCCAUUGUUCCAUCAGCUCCAGCAUUUUUAUCACGACCUGCAUCUUUCUGGCAUUAACAUUGAGGCCUGCGUUCAUGGCAGUUUUAAUUUAGUGGCUCAAUGGUUUUUUUUACAGUUUUCGCCAAAAGUAAAAGUACUAAAUAGUGAUAUAGUCUUCAACUAUGGAUAUGUUUUCCUCCUUGAGAGAGCCAUUUCCAACUAUGAAUGCCAACCACAUCUUAAACAAGACUGCUGUGAAAACACGCUGACAGGAGCUAUGCACCGUUGACCAAUGCACACGUGUGCUCAAGAAACUGAAGUUUCUAUACUGUUACUUUUGGCGUUUUAGACAGCAGUCUUAUGUCAUUGACUUAGUCAAAGUCCUUGAAGAUGAGAUCAAGAUCCACUGUAUUCCUUGCCUCUUCGCUAUCUGGUUAUAGACAUACGUCAGUUAAUCUUCAUUAAAAACUUUGAAAGUUUUAGCAAGGUGGCCAUUAUGGAGAACUCUACAUUCAAAGUUCUCACAGAGUGAUUUAUUAAUAUUUUUUUUAUGGGAUCACUGUUGUGUUGAAGGAGCUUCACAGGGCUGCCAAAGCUUUUUUUGAGGUUGAUGAAGACACUGUUACAGACAAGAUUGCAAUCCAUUCAUGAGUCUGCUCUAAACUUUGCCUUAAUACAAAGAUAUGACCUAUCAUAGACCUCCCAGUCCUAAAGUCGUCCUCCUGUCUAAUUAUAUUCUCCACUGUAGUUGUGAUUUGUUUGUAGAGUCCCCAUUUAAUGCAGUUUGAGGACAGUUCUUGUCCUCCAAAUAGUUUGGAUCACUUCUGUGUUGCAAAUCUACUGCAGUAUCUGGUGUAGGAUGUAAGGCUAUCUGGUAAUCUGCCUUAACUAUAAGUAUUUCAUUGCAGAUGCCAUUUGUCAGCUUGUGUAUGGCUUCUUAUAUGUGGUCAAUGAUGAUGGUGCUUAAAUCCAUGUUUAGGCCUUAACUCAUUGUUCAGGAAAUGCCACAAGGACAUGCUGAAUUGCUACAAAUGUUAUGUUUUUUUCUGGCAACAAAAUCAGUUCUUAAUAGAGGCAUUUACACGCACUUUUUGUUUGUUUUUUUGUUGAUGCAGUCAGGUGAGUAAAUAUUGAAUAACACAAUGAAAUGAUUUACUUCUCCCAUUGAUUAUGAGUAUGGAUUGUGAAGUCUCAAAAAAUUUGUGUGGCUUGCAAAAUGACAUGCUUUAUUUUAUUUUGUUAAUUUCUUUGGAUUGCUUGAAAAUGAACAUCUGUUUAAAAUAGUAUCUGUCCUCUUCAUUUAGGAAGUCAACGGAAAGAAAGAAAAAGUAGUGCUAACACAAGUGGCCUGAAGGGCAAAAGAUGUCGGGCAGAUUCUUCAGAUUCUGCUAUUAAUUCUACUAACAAUGGAGCAUCUUCAUCAAAAGUAUGUCUCUCUUAAUCUGCCUAUCAAACCUUCACCCCUCACAUAUACACACAAACAAUAACUAGAAGAACUAAAUUACUUUGCCAAGUCUGCAAUAAACUUGACCUUUGAACCCAAAAAUCCUUUAAUUUUGGAGACCAGCUUCCUUAACAUUUGUUAUACUAUGUAGCUAUUUUCAAAAUGACCUGUUUUGUGGAAGUGAUCAUUUUUGUGAAACUGCUGUAGCUAAAUUUUAUGUUCUAUGUGCUCAUUUAAUGAAAGAUUUUUCUUUUUCUCAGGCAGCCAAAAGGUCGAGAAGUGCAUCCAUCUUAGAAGCUCUUCAAAAAGCUGAUCUUCCUGUUCUAGAGAGCUACCACAAUCAUAGUUUACCAGCAACUCGUGUUCAUCUUCUUAAUACAUUGAUUAAAUUAGCGGACAGAGAACUUGUGUAUCUCAUCAAUUGGGCCAAACAUGUACCAGGUAGGGUCAAAUAUACCAUUAAUUUCACUGUAUUUCACAUUAACCACAUUGAAACAUAUUUAGAAAUCUAAGGAAUAAAUUUAGUCCAUGACAAAAAAGUUAAAAAUCCUUGUCAUUUUAACAAACCCAAUUUAUAUUGAUACUAAAUUAACACAUCGUUUAGCAAAAAUUAAAGGAAUAUCAAGAUUUAGACGAUUAAUGUUAAUACAUCAAAUUAUCAUUGUAAGUGCAUCACCAAGCUUAGUGAUUUAAAGACUUUAUUCUCUGAUCUGUCCUUUCAGAAUGCAUAUUUGCCUCUUACAUAACAAAAUUUCUGCCCCAAUUAUUUUUUACAAAUACAAUGCCAUCCUUUUGUGGAAGCAUAGAACUAGUGUACCAAGUAUUAUAAGAUACAUGAAAUAAUUGUCUAAACCUUAUGUUAUAAAUGUGUUGUGUCAACAGGUUAUACAUGUCUGACCUUGAGUGACCAGGUCCACCUUAUAGAGUGCUGCUGGAUGGAGUUGCUCUUACUCAAUUGUGCUUUCAGAUCCAUGGAGCAUGAAGGACGAAUACUUGUUUUUGCUCCUGACUUCCAUCUAGAAAGGUAAAAAAUUUACUACAAGAAUAUAAAUUGCUUUUUAGUUUAAUUGACUUUGAAUGUGGCUGAUUUUUACAAAAAAAUGUAUAUGACUUUCUUAGGGCCAAGCUGAAGACUGUGUAAAUAAUCUUUCAAUUGAGAUCCAAGAUUAUUUCUUAGUGUCAGUGGAAAUUAAUGGUGAUUUCAUUUUAUAAUCUGAUCAACACUGUUUUUAAAAUCAUUUUUUGACAUUAACUCUAAAAGUAUGAUCAUAAGGAAAUGUUUAUUGACAUUAUCGUUUAUGUUUCUUUGAGCACUUGUUAGCUUUUAACUCUCAAAAAAUGACAGAAGAUUGGCUCUGUUUUGGGUUGGAUGGGGCACUGUUCUCAAAAUCAAUGGGAUGCAAUGGUUUUGAGGAAUUAAUUUAUACUUCACGUCUUUUGUGAGUUAAUUAACAUAAAUUUGAUAUGAUUUGAUUUCUUGCAAUGUCGGUAUUGAAUGGGGAUCUGAUUUAUUGCAAUGUUAUUAGUGUUGAAUGGCAUCAUGACCUACAUUUUCUUUUUCAGGCAUCAGUGGGGUCUCACAGGGAUGGGGGACGUGUUAGAGCAGGUGGCUGCUGUGUCAGAGCAAAUGGUUUUGUACAACCUGAACAAGGAAGAGCUGCUGCUUCUGCAGGCUACAGUAUUAGUAAAUGCAGGUUAGUUGAAAUUGACCACACUUAAAUUAAUGCUGAUUGUUGACAUGGUUGUUUACAAAGUAGCUGUCUAAAGGUUAGCCUUAUUUAAAAUUAUCCUUUAGGCCUUUAUUUUUUUUUAAAUUCUCAAAAUGAUUUUUUUGUUAAGUAAAUUUCAUGAGGGCACUCAAACACUUUUCUUUGGGGCUGCUUGAACAAAGUUUGUAGUUCAUUGUUAAAUCAACAGUGAUAGUCAAAAUUAAAGUUCUAUUUUGGUAAUGGUUGUGACUGUCUUUCAUGCGUGAUAAAAUGUGUUUUAAUAUUCAAACAAAUUACAGAAGUUCUUUUUUAAACAAACAAAUUGGUUUUAAAAUUGAAAAAUGAAAAAUACCAAUAAAGUUUAUUAUUAACAAUUUCCAGUCAACCAAGUAGAGCUAAGUGGCUAUCUUUUUGUGUGAUUUGUGUUGUUACAAAGGUAGACCUCCAGCCCAAACGUCAGUUUUUGUUUUAUAGAUUUUUUUAUUUAAGCUUCAGCCUAUUGUAUUACAAAAUAUUUUGAUCAUACAGCCUGAACUAUACUAUUUAAUCUUGUACAAACUUUGUGUGUGCACAAAUUCCUUAGCUACUGAAAGAUGACAUUUAAAAAUUAAAGAGGAGAAAAACAUAGCAAAUUUUUUCUACUUCAACUUCAAUUAAUAUCCAGCUAGAGAUUUUGUCAAUAUUUUUUUGACUUAGUUUCAUCUCAUAGGAAAAGAGUGAGCAGGACACAAGAGAUAAUAGCUGUUUUCCAAUAAAAAAUAAUUGGAACCACUGAUCUUGAAUAUUAGCCAUUUUCCAUAUUUAUUAUCGAAAGGGAUCUCAUUGUCCCACAAUGAAUGAAUUUGCAUUAACAAGCAUUGACACAGAAGUGCCUUGAGACUCUAUUGGGACUGUGCAUUUUGGUAUCACCAUUUUUUUUAAUUGGCUGAUAAUAUUUUCAUUUAUUCACAAGGAAGCAUUCUUAAUUAAUGUUGACUUAUUUCUUUUCACAGAAGUACGGCGAUUGGACAGCUUUGUGAAAAUACAGGAGAUGCGUCAAGUUAUUCUCGAUGUAUUUAUGGAAGUGGCUGGGCGUCAUCAGGGUUAUGGUAGCUGGCGACACGCACCGUCCAUCCUUCUUUUGCUGACACAUAUUCGCCAAGCUGGGGAAAGAGGCAUUUCAUACUUCCAGCGGCUAAAGAUGGAGGGUUGUGUGACCUUCUGUGACCUCCUUACAGAGAUGCUUGAUGCACAUAAUUCAUCUGGUGAAAGGCGGAGGCUGCAACAACAGCAGCACCACCACCAGCAGUCUCAACAGCAACAACAACAGCAUCAUCCAACUCAACACCACCAGCACCAACAGCAUCCAAUGGCACCAGAAUGAUGAUUGGUGUCAUUAUGACUGUGUGGCUGUGCAUGCUCUCACCUGGCCUAGUUUACUGGUGGCAGUCCAAGAAACGACUGAUUGGAUUAAAAAACAACAACAUCCAUUCAGAGGUCCCCAAGUAAACCCCUAAGGAUGUGGCUUACCAGUCAAGCCAUCUCUGCACAGUUCUUACUUUAGUGAGAGACUCAAGUGUUAGUACAUAACAUUUGUUUUUUUACAUCCAUGUUUAACUUGUAAGAAUGACAACGUUAGGAGAACAAGUUUCCCAGCUGUGAUCAUUUAAUUAUCUGGCAUCACAUUUAUUACAUGCUUGGCUAAGAAAGAAAAUGUUUGUAUUUUUUUUCUUUCCUUGGCAUCGGACAUUACAUUACUGAUGUGUUGCAACUUGCCAUCUCAAUCAUUUGUUGUUGUAGACAAGUCUAACUUUUAAAGCGAGAAUUUUUAGAUGGCAUUGCCAUUUUGUUCAAAUCCAUGCUCUACAAUUAACCAUAAGACUUGUCAUACAUAUAAAUAUAUAAAUAUAUAUAUAUAUAUAAUGAUAUAUAAACUGAUCCUGUUAGUUAAUCUGUGAAAGAGGAUAAUCGAAUCAUUUUGUCACAGGUAUUGAGAUUUUCAGUUCAAGAGAUAGCCACAAAUAUUUUUAAUGGUCUCUUAGUUAAAAUAUUUUAAACGGGGACUUUGGCUAAAUAUCUAUUCGGUGCAAAUCUUACAUUUAAUAUCUAUUAUGUGCUUAGAAUUGAUAAAAAAUAAGUUAAAUUCUCACAUUUAAGAAUUUUGUUUUUAAGUAAAACAAAGAUCAGAGGUAGUACUGAGCUAUGAAUAGUUCAGUAUCAGUGUACCACCAAGUAAUAGAGGCUCAAGUCAGAGGUUGUCCAUAAUUUCAUAAGUAACAGUUGAAAUCAUCACAAAAUAAUUUGUUCAACAUGGGGUAUGCUGACAAUGUAUUUAAACUGUGACUUGACUCAAAUGUUGAUUAUUCGAAUCACUAAAUUUACACAGAAAUUAGAGAUGUUUGCCGUAGACAUAUGUGAAGUUUACUAUUGUAGAUUCCUGUUUAAAUACGUAUAUCAUUUUCUCAAGCGCAUAAGAGCAACAAGUGUGGGCUAGGUAUUGGACAAUGUUUAUUUUGUCAAUUUUGGUUUGGAUAGGCAUUGUAAAUUGAUGUAGGAUAACCAUGUAACAGUGUUGUAAAGAUUUCAUCAAGCAUUACCACUGGAUAGAUUUAUUAAUGACGGGCAUAUAGAGCUGCAUCUUUGUUCUCGUCAACAUUUAUUUAUAUAUGAUAUAACAAUCAUUGUCCUGAAACAGGAUUUUUAAAUGGCAUUAAAUUCUGAUUAUUUUUUCAUCCAUUCACCUUAUUCCUUUUUCAUAACAAAAACAACAAUAAGAAUCAUAACUAUUUUCAUUUCACAAAUUUUUUUAGGUCCAUUUUAAUGUGCUUUAUUAAAAAGAAAUGUUAUUAAUCUGAAAGCUGUGGUUGCAAAAAACUGCUGUGGGCUGAAAACAAAUAAGAAAAUCCUAUCAACUGUUUUUCUCUGUUGAUCGAUUAAAUAUUUUCAUGUUUUUUUUUAGGCGCUAUAAAUAUUAUUAAUGACUCUAAUCUUAACCUUUAUUUAGAAAAAGUAAAUCUUUCAAAUCUUGUUUAGAAAUGACAUGGACAAAUUACAAAUUUUAAUACUCUUUAGAAAUCCAAAAUAUAAACAAAUUUUACUGUUAUGGGGUAGGCGACAGUUAUAGCAUUAUAGUUUAAAGAGAAUAUUGACACAUUUGGUGGGGGGGGGAUGCGUCUUAAAAUAUACCCUGGCAAGCCCUAUCUAAUGAUAGGGAUUGCAGCGUAGAACCUAAAAAUAUUAGUCAAUGUUUUCAAAUACAGAUUAAUCUAAUGUAAACUGGUUUUUUAAAUUAUUUAAAUUUGAGACCCCCCACGUAAUUGAUGGUGGGGAUCUGUUGUUUUUUUUGGGUAUAUUAAUGCUAUCUUCAAAUACCAGGGCAUAGAUAUAAGUAUUUUAGAAACCAUUCCCUUUGGAUAAGUUCUUCAGAUUUUCUAUAAAAUCCUUCAUGAAGCGGGGAAAAGUGCUAUAAAAAAAAAAAAAAUCAUAAACACUGAUGUACAUGCCUUGUCAAUUUGUUAUAGAACAUUUAUGAUAAACAACCCUCAUGGCUUUAAUCCAAAGCUAUAAUUUUCAUUUUUUUGUGUGUUUCUUUUCUUAAUCUCAAAAUGUAAUCCCCUUAAAAAGUGAUUAGUUCUUCAUCAAACACACAAACCAAUAAACAAACCACUGAAAUAUAGUUUGUAUAGAUAAAGAUUUUAGAAAUGUGUUUAUAACUAAAUUGAAAUCACCAAAGUGUUAUGUUGUUGUAGGAUUUCAUUCGUUGUUGGAAUUGUAAAUUUUGUUUUCACUCAAUGCCUAUGUUUAAAACAAAAAUAUAGUACAAGUACAAACCUAGAAAACAAUUAUGAUUUUUAGAAGAAACAAAAAUGAGCCUUAUGCUUAAAUGAUAGAUAUUUUUAUGGAAACCCACAUGAUGUUUGACUAUUUCUUGAGAGUCUUAUUGAUUAAUUUUACUAAAUAUCAAAAUUUUCAUUUUUAAUAAAUUGGAUUUUUCUGUGAAAAAGUGGAAUUAAAAAUUCACAGUAAUGAUCAGUUCUAGUUUAUUUAUGUUCAAAUAGUAUUAUUUAUACAAUUUAAAAAAUCUUAAAGAAUGUUAUGUUAUUAUUCUUAUUCUUUUAACAAACUGUUGCUACUUGCCAGUAUCUGGCACAUAAGAAAUGGUUCUCUAUCUGCUGGAACUGUAAUGUCAUUUCAAAUUUUUGCUUGUUUUCUCAGUUUCUGUGUUGGUUUUAAACAAAUUAUUUCUGGAGAAAAUUGGAAGUUGCCACAGCACCACUUAUAAACGGCUCUUUUGAGGGCUUAUUAAAUGCUGAAUUAUUUCAUUUUAAUUCAGCAUUCAAUUUGCAAUUGACUUCAAGAAAAGCUUUGAGUUUUUAAUGGGUUUUGUUUUAAAUAAUGUUUUUGUUAUUUUUAGUAUAGAGCAUGUGUAUAUUUUUAAGAAAGCAGUUACAAUUUAAUGUAUACAGAGAAAUGUAUAAAAAAAAAAUCAUUUAUACCUUACUGUUAACAUCAAUUAUACUGUCCCUUAAAAACAACUAGAAGGUAUAUAGUGACAAUCUUUAGCAGGGAGGAAAAUUUAAUGUCAAUGUGUCAUGAAUAUUAGUUUGGUUUCAAGGUGAAUAUAUGUAGCUACAUUUUCAUGUUAAAUGAAUGAGACAAAAAUUGACCUGUUUGAAAAGAAAUAUAAAUAAUGCCUGUCAUUGCACUAACACUAACAACCUACAACUAAAACAAAAAGUGAAAUGCUGUCAAUGAUCAAAGUGUCUUCUGAUUAGCAACAUACAAUUUGGAAUAAAGCUCAUUAGCUGUGGGUUUUUCUUUUGUUGUUUAUAGAGUUACAUACUUUUAAUGUGAGAGAACUGUUUAUACUAUUUAGUUGGAUGACAGGCUGGAAGCAUAUUUUAUCUUUCGAUUGAUAUUUCAGGUAGACAUAUUUCUCACUUCUCCCAACCUCCCUCAAUGAAUUGGGAUUAAGUUGCUUUUUUAAUCCCAAGAGAACUAGACAAAUUAUGGUGCUGUAAACUGUAGAAGUAAACAAGCGUUUAUUCAAAUUAAAGAAUAACCAUUGACUUUCUGAGAUUUCGUUACCAGUACUCCAGUAGCACACUUAUGCUUGUUUUUUGUUUUUUUCAAUAAUAACCUUUUAUAUAUAUUAUAUUUAUUUUGAAAUACAGUAUCGGAGCUCAAAUCUAAAAUUCAGCUAGGUCUUAUUGUUUUAGAGUCUAGAGCUCUUACGAGAGAACAAUGUCAUUGUUUUGUACUUAAAAUCUGGUGCAUUUUUGUAUAAUCCUUACAAAUAACCUAUUGUUUCUUAGAUGAGUUAGUGUGACUAUCCUAUGCAGGAAAUGGCUCAGUCAACAUUUUAACUAUUCAGGAUGUUGACUUGGUUUUUUUUUAAAAUAAUAAUAAUAAUAUUUUAGGAAAUAAUGUUUUUAAUAGAUUUGAAAAUUGAACUAAUGAAAUAAAAGCCAACAAGAAGUAUCAACUGAUUUAGAAUUCUGUGAGAUGUGUUGAGUUCAAUGAACUUUUUAAAAAUUGAAAAUAGAAAACUGCUGAGAGGGAAAAAAAUGGCUGUAUUUUGACUUACUUCAAUUAAUUUUUGUUCUAAUUUAAAACAGGAAUUUUUUACUAGCUAAUAUGUUUAACUUAAAGAAUAAAAUGCAUCUACUAGCAAGGAAAUAAUAUGCACAUUUGUAAUUAACAAGUAUUCUUACAGGCAGUUUAUCAAAGAAGUGCUAUAAUUAAAUAGAUACACUUGACAUUUUCUACCAUGGGGCUUGCGAUCCUGGUUGCAUCUGUCAGUGCAGGGUUUUAGAGCUAAAAUUUCUCAAGUAAAUUGAACUCAUAUUUGACUAAUCUUUAUCAUAAAAACAUCACUGCUUUAUGAUCUUAUGCAAUCAAAUCUGAAUUUUUUAAUAGUUGUAACAGAGUCACACAAAAAUGACAUUGUAUAAAGAAAUAUUGAAAUUUAUUAACAUCAAAAUGAACAGUUUCAAUUAGAGCUAUUAUAGAUCUCAGUGAUUCAAGAUUUUUCUAUUUGGAAAAGAUUAAGAGUAUUGCAAGUCCUUUGUGUAUAUGGAUAGUAAGAUCAAUGCUAAUUUCCAUUGUCAUUUAUAAUUAAAUUACUUUAUUUGGCAUUUGUUGCUGGUACAGAUAUCCGUUCAUUGACCUAGUUUUAAAUAGUUUCUCCUCUGCUGUCUGCCUUUAAUUUUUUUAGCCAUUCAUCUGCUUUAAAAUAUUGCUGUAACUAGGAAGAUAGUAUUGUGGUAGGACAAACUCUAAAAAUUACUGUUUUUUAAAUCAAUAUUCUGAUCAUAAUAGUUUCUAAAGCUCUAUGGUUUUUUUAAAAAUUCAAGAGACAGAUUGCACAAUAUCAUGAAUUUUUGUUUAUCUCAUGAUGGUGCAGCCAUUGUUUUACAUCACUUAUUCAUGGAACAUUUUUACUUGUAAUGUUGCAAAUAAAUUUCCAUUUAUAAAUCCAGCUUUUCUGGUUCUGUGAAGAAAAUGGUCGAUGAAAAGUCUUUUGAUACAAUUAAUGCAAAGCUUGACUGGCACAAUCUUAAUGGAUAUGCUGUGUUGUUUCAUUGUUAUAUCAAUGAAGAGUUCUCUGUGCCGACUCAUUUCAUUAUUGCACAUAAUCUGAGGGCAGUUCAUCUAAACACAAACAAUUUUUUAAAUAAGAGCAAUUGCUUUGUG